AGGAGGAGGAGGAAGAGGAGCAACAGCAGGGGACGAAGGAAUACUUCCUUAUUGGAACACUUUCUUUAUCUCCUCUGAAGAGAUCUCUUCCAAAACCAAGAUGAACAUGCUGUCCAACCAGAUGCUCAGAACCUCCCAGGAGCCCCUUCCGUCCGUCCAGGACUUGGCCCGCUGCCCCCCUGCUUUGGCCUCCCGCCUGAGCCUCCAGGGGGGGUCGCGCUCCUCCAAAGUUCCCCCAAAGGAGCUGUGCCCAGAGGAGCAGCAGGAGCUGAGGCGGAAGAUCAACAGCCGGGAGAGGAAAAGAAUGCAGGACUUGAACGUGGCCAUGGACGCCCUGAGGGAGGUGAUGGUACCUUACGCCGCCUCUCCUUCCUCAGGUUCAUGCGCACCCCCCCAUCAGCCGGGCGCCCCUUCAGGACGCAGGCUCUCCAAAAUCUCCACACUGGUUCUGGCCCGGAAUUACAUCCUACUGUUGGGGUCGUCUCUGCACGAGAUGAGGCGCCUGCUGGGUGAGCUGAGUGCGGGUGCAGGACCAGGAUUGGGCCCUCGGCUGCUGCUGACGGGGGGCUGGCCCCUUGUCUCUGGAUCCGGUCAGCUCCUCCUCGCGCGGGAGUCCUUCGCCACCUCCUCCUCCCCCGCUGCCCUGAAGUGUCCCCUUCUGUCCCCCAUGGAAGCGCCGCCGCCCCCUGUGCGGUGGGCAUCAGGGGUGCCUUCAGGGGUGCCUCUGUGCCCGUGCAGCGUGUGCAGACUGCCUAGGUUCAGCCCCCCUGCCUCCCCUCCGAGAUUCCCAAAGUGACUUACUUUUUUAUUCUUUUUUUAAUCAAUUGAAAUAAAGUUGACAUAGCUGCUAACGCUAGUCGAUGCUAACAAAGUGCUCUUUAACAAAACUUAAACGCCAAGUUACAAACUUUUUCAUGAGGUCACCGACGGGCAUCCUCGUCAUCUUUGAGACGCUGUAGUGAUCCUGAAGUCCUCCCCUCCAAACCAGCAAAAGAUCAAAAACAGCCUUGGUGUAAUUCUGCCUUUUUAUUCUUGCUCUUUCUCCGUGUGAUUGACAGCUCCUCGUUGCACACGCCACACAAUGUGUUCAAACGGACAGAAAAUGUGGCGCUGAAUGGCGAGCUCACUACCAAGAUGAGAGGCGGCCAUUGUGGGCGGGUCCUCAAGGUGGAUGGACCAUGCCGAGUGCUUUGGGAGGAUUACACACGUGAAAGGAGUGACGCUGUUAGCAUGAGCGCCCAUAAAGGACACACUGGACGCCAUUAAGAGAGAUUACGUCAAAUAAGGCGUGAGGAGGAGGAGGGGGCGGAGCUUAUUGAUGGAUCAAAGAGAAAUGCUGAAAUUGUCCUGGCUCAUUUGCAUAAAGCUGCUUUUUGUCGCUACAUGGAUUAGCUACCUUACUUUAGACACUCUGCUACCU